GUGAUGAUGAAUUAUUGUUCAAUGAUGUUAUUGUAGAUGUUGAUGAUGAAUUGUAUAGUAGUGAGGAUGAAUGUAGCAAUAUAGAUUUGACAAACCACCUUGUGAAAUCAUUUGAAAUUACAGAAGAAACAAUUGCUAAACAAAAUCUGAAUUCAUUUGAGGUUCUUAAAGAAGCUUCUAUAAAACCAG